AUGAGCGUAUUUUACCAAUUGUCUAUUUUUUUAUUAUUUGUUAAUUUUUCAAAUAUCAAUGCUCAAGAUGAUUUCAAUGAUAUUGUUCAACAAAAAACACGUGGAAAUCAGAUUCAGCAAUGUCCUUGUGUAAUUCAUCCUGAAUCCAGACAAUGUGUCUCCUAUGAUUCUAGAUAUGUAGCUGUGAAUGCUGAAGAAGCUAUUUUAUCAUUUUUGGACUUAUCAAAACAUCAUAGUGGACCAGCACAAUUAAUUGUAAGUUUUGGUUCUGAGGUUUGAAUGCGGGUUUGAAAAAAUAAUUCAUCAAUGAUAAAAAUUUUAAAUAUUUCCCAAAAUUGUUCUCGAAUUUCCUUUAAAAAGUAACCAUAAACAAUAAAAAAUGUUUUUCAUUUACCAUGUGCAAUUUCAAGAAACCUUGAAUAAUCCUGCGCACCAAUUUUGCAUAUAUUUCUGUUUUAAACUACGUACAUUUUUUCAAAUUUUCAAUUUCAUAUAAAUUCAAACUAUUCUCCAUGUCGUUCAAAAGAUGAAAUGUGAACAUUCGAUUUUUCGUUUUGAUGAAAUAUCGGAACAUUAACUUUCGAUUUUUCUGUAAUUGAAGUUUGAAUGACCAUAGUUCGCCUUAACAACUGUUGUUUGUUAUUUUGCUGAAACAAAACACAAUUUUGACCUUCUGUAAACAUCCAUUCCAAUUUAUCUUCAAAUGAUUCUUGCCUGUGUCUGGGUUGUUUUAUUGAAGUGAUAAUUGACCGAUAUUAGAAACAUCAUGUCUAACAAGAAACGGGUUGAACUUUGAUUUUUGAUGAAUUUGGGAGAUUACAUAUCUUAUUGUAAAAAACAGUAAAAAUUAGUUUUGAACUCAAUUAGCAAAAAAAAAACAAAAUAAAAACAUCUUCAGACAUCUUUUCCAGAAUUCAAACACAUUCAACUGCGUGACUGACGAAUGUCGUGCUUGUUAUUCUCUUUUAUAUCACAAACUUACCGACAUUGGUUUUGUUGCACAAUCAUAUCAAUCUGCAAUUGAUCUUUUACCAAUAAAUCGUAUUCGAGCUGGUUUAUGUAGACGCUUUAAUUUUCCCUUAUCUCUACCAAUUCUUCCUCCACCUUCUGUUAUUCCAACAUAUCUUCGAAGUUUGAUCAGUGCUGGUCGACAAUUUAGACAAUCUCGUAGUUCGAUUAUUGCGGCUCGCCGAAAUAAUAUUAGAAAUGGUAUUAGUCAAAUGAGAUCAAAUUUUGGCGGUGGACGAAAUCGUAUGAAUCAAAAUCAGAAUCAAAACUCUAAUAACUUCAACAAUAAUCCAAUCACAAAUUCAAAUCGGAAUCAGAACCAAAACCAGAACCAGAACCAAUUUCAAAAUCAGCAAACGAGAUUUCCACGACCAAUUCAGCGUUUUCAACAAGCAGUUCAAUCCCGCUUUCAGCAGCCACCACAAGGUAAAAUUUUCUGAAAAUGUGAAAUAUUGAAUUUCAUAAUAUUUUCAGUUUGGCAACAACCACAGUGGCAUCAGCCUCAACAAUGGUCUCAACAGCAACAACCACAGCAACAAUUUCAGCCCCAACCAGCUUGGGGUGCAUCUGCUGGUGCAAGUGGACUUGGGGGAUUUGGAAGUCCAUUCGGUGGAAAUGCAGGCUUUGGCGGAGGAUUUGGUGGAGGUGGAUGGGGUGGAAAUAACCAGCAGCAAGGAGGAUUUUUUGGUGGAUUUAGAGGGCGUCGAGGAAAAAGAGCAGCCGAUGAUGUGAUUGGAAAACGAUUUUAUAUUAGUUGCACAGAUCGAGGAGAGUCUGAAGACGAUAUGUUGGCAUUGUGUGGAAGUUGUUGGACAUGGCGAAAAUUGCCUGAUAACUAUUUUCCAAAAAUUAUCAAUGAAUUGAGCUGCAAAGAGGAUGAUUUUUGUCUGUCUGGUAGGUGGAACACUGUUUUUAACUUGAGUUAUAAAUGCAUUAUAAAUGCCAAAUAAAUCAUAGCGAUUGAGAUCUUCUGAAUCACUUGAAAUUUGAUAUUUUUCACGCAUUUUCAAACGUCCCGAGAUCCACAGGCCUGAAAUACUUAUGGUUUGUAACAAACUGGUUUAGUCUGUUCAUUUAUUCUUGUGAUUGAAUGAUUAACCAACAAAAAAGUUGAAAUAUCAAAUUAUAAUCACAAACAAACCUUUUACAUUUUUCAGGUUGGGGUGAAUGUGUUCAACAAUACCGCAACGUCGAUGUUUUACGAAAAGAAGGCGGUCGUUGGAUUCCAACAGUUAUCACAACAGCAACAUGUUGUGAUUGUCGUGUUCGAGCGGGUACCGAAAUUCAUUCUUUAAUUAUUGGUGACAAAAAAUAA